ACUUUUAAGGUAGAUUCAAGAGAAGGUUACUUGUCUCAAAAAGAUUAUAGAAUUCUAGAUGAAGAGAAAAAGUUUUGGUAUGAGGAGUUAUCUAAUGAACUUGAUUUAACUGACUCUACCUGUAAUUUAGAAGAUGAAAAA